AUGUCUGAGAUCAAAGAAUACACCAUCAAUGUCCCACAGGCGAAGAUCGACCGCCUGAUGCGGAGGCUGCAAGACACUGACUUCCCCUCUGAAAUCGAAGAUGCCGGCUGGGGUUAUGGCUCGCCACUACCCGACAUCAAGCGCUUUGUCGAAUACUGGAAGACGAAAUUUGACUGGCGCGCCCACGAGAAGAAGAUCAACGAACUGCCCAACUACGAGGUACAGGUAAACGUCGACAAGCACGGUCCCGUAGACAUGCACUUCGUGCACCAAAAGUCUUCAAACCCCAACGCGAUCCCGCUCCUCUUCGUGCACGGCUGGCCAGGAUCGUUUCUGGAGGUUACGAAGAUUCUUCCGCUCCUCAAGGGUGGAGAUGGCAAGCCUGCCUUCCAUGUCGUGGCACCCUCCCUACCCAACUACGGCUUCUCGGGCCCAGCUCUCAAGAAAGGGUUCAAUGUAGCCCGCGCCGCUGAAGCCUGUCAUAAGGUGAUGCUCGCGCUUGGCUAUGAUCAGUAUGUCACUCAAGGUGGCGAUUGGGGCAUGUUGAUCACUCGCGCGUGUGCAUAUCUGUAUCCUCAAAAUGUGAAAGCAUGCCACAUCAACUGGCCGUGGGCCGCGAAGCCGGAAGAGUUUACAAACGGCACCAAGCCGGAGCCGGAGUACAGUGAGCGCGAGAAGAAGCAGAUGGCAGCUGGUGACAACUGGUUUCCCUUUGGCAUGGGUGACGGGCGUGGCUACAUCGCGAUCCAGUCUACUCGUCCGGCGACUCUGAACUUUGCUCUGAGGGACAGUCCAGUGGGGAUGCUGGCUUGGACUUGGGACAAGUUGGUUGCGUGGACGGAUGAUUAUCCCUGGACUGAGGAUGAAGUCUGCCUCUGGGUCUCACUGUACAUUUUCUCCCGUGCAGGACCCGAUGCCGCCUCAUACCUGUACUACGAGGCACUGCACGAUCCUGUCGAAAUCACGGUUCCAAUCAUCCAGGGAUAUAUCGAUACGCCACUCGGUAUUGCGGAUUUCCCCGUUGAGAUUGCUAACAACCCUGUGAGCUGGAGACAUACUAUGGGUCCCAUCGCCUUCCAGAAGAUAUACGAGAAAGGCGGACACUUUGCAGGCUGGGAGCGUCCGACAGACAUUGCAGAGGGUUUAUGCGAAAUGUUCGGCAAGGGCGGUGGAGCUCAUGGCGUUGUUCCAGGCAAAGAUGGUUACUAG